GUUCUUUUCCAAACAGCUCCGUCUCAGGUCAGUGAGGUCAUCAAGGAGAAUGUGCAGCAGCGCAGCAUCCAGCUGUCCUGGCAGGAGCCGCAGCAACCCAACGGCGUCAUCACCGAAUAUGAAAUCAAAUACUAUGAAAAAGACCAGAAGGACCGGAUCUACUCCACAGUGAGGUCUAGAUCCACCUCUGCUAAGGUGAACAACCUGAAGCCGAGCACAGCUUAUGUGUUCCAGAUCAGGGCUUUCACAGAGGCAGGAUAUGGAACCUUUGGACCCAGAUUGGAGAUAACAACCAAAGAAGAAGCCAGUGCUGCGAUUGUCUCCAGUGAGCAGAACCCCGUCAUCAUCAUAGCAGUGGUGGCCGUGGCGGGGACCAUCAUCCUGGUGUUCAUGGUGUUCGGCUUCAUCAUCGGGAGAAGGUACGCUCUCGCGGGCCCCAUUGACUCUCCGCUCCUGCACUGUGGGUACAGCAAAGCCGAUCAGGAGGGAGAUGAGGAGCUCUACUUUCAGUUUAAAUUUCCAGGCACCAAAACCUACAUUGACCCCGAAACCUACGAGGACCCAAACAGGGCUGUCCAUCAGUUUGCCAAGGAGUUGGAUGCCUCCUGCAUAAAAAUCGAACGAGUUAUUGGAGCAGGAGAGUUCGGGGAGGUGUGCAGUGGUCGACUGAAGCUGCCUGGAAAGCGGGACGUGUCGGUCGCCAUCAAAACGCUGAAAGUGGGCUACACAGAAAAGCAGAGGCGGGACUUCCUGUGUGAGGCCAGCAUUAUGGGGCAGUUUGACCAUCCCAAUGUGGUCCACCUGGAGGGAGUGGUGACAAGAGGAAAACCGGUCAUGAUCAUCAUCGAGUACAUGGAGAAUGGCUCAUUAGAUGCUUUCCUCAGGAAGCACGACGGUCAGUUCACAGUCAUCCAGUUGGUGGGAAUGCUGCGGGGCAUAGCAGCGGGAAUGAGAUAUCUGGCUGAUAUGGGCUAUGUCCAUCGAGACCUGGCCGCGCGGAACAUCCUCGUCAACAGCAAUCUCGUAUGUAAAGUCUCAGACUUUGGCCUGUCAAGGGUGAUAGAGGACGAUCCCGAGGCUGUCUACACAACAACUGUGAGUCAAUUAAAGUGCUUGCUCUCCCUACCAAGCACCUUGUCUGAAUUCUCUAAUCAAGUUGCUGCUGGUGCAUGAAAAUAGAGCAGAGUAAGAAGAGCAUGUCCAGGUAGACUCUGGCUCUGUAAAGCCAACUUCACUUUAGAAACUGUUCAAAAAGACGUUAAUCAGAAGUGUAUUUAUUCACUUAUAAUGUAUGGUCAGGAACUGUUAAAUCAGAAUGUUGUUUUUUCAUAUAUUCAAUGAGAGUGAAUGUUUAGAUGAAUGGAAUAUUAAAACACAGUGAUCAAAAAUAAAGUUAAAGUUAUUUAAAUUUAAAGUACAUUUGCAGUUUUGCCCGGGAAAAACCAACAUCUUGUUCUACAAUGUGCUUCCUACAAACAAUUGCUUGCUGGAGGCGUGGACUUUGUGGAAGUUUGGAUGAAGAUCGGAUUUAAUUUUGACCAAUCACUAAUGCUUGACCUUAAUAUGUGUAUUGGCCAAACUCCACUGUAUGAAGAUUACCGGAAAUUGCCUUGUUUGCUAGCAUUUCACCAGCCACUUGCCUCGCUAUAAAUGGAACAAACUGGAAUGGAUGAAAUUCAACUGGACAAAUGAAGCUCACUGGGAGAAAUCCCAGAUCACGCUUUAAAGGGAGAUGCGAAUUGAACAGAACUGCAUGGGAAGGGAACGACCUGGCUAUGUCUUGAUAUGUUUAUCUCUUUGGUUUUAUUUCCUUAUGGUGUAUUGAACAGAGCUCUGUGAGAUGUUCAGCACUGAGAAUGUUGUUUGAGAAUCUGAAGUUCAUAGCGGGUGCCAACCCAAGAACAGCUGAAUACAGAGAUCCGCUGUAUUAAAACACCAUGUUUGUAUGAAGGUUUUGUCAUUAUUACAUCAUAUUCUUAAAGGUUAAAUAUCAAUGCGUGAAGCUUGGUCCAAAUAUGUGCUGUGUCUACAAAUGGGUACAGUUUGCUACAGUUGCAGCGCGUCUCUAAAUCAGACGCGCGUGACGCCAGAGUGCGUUUGGUGUGAACGCACCAAAAGUGCAACGCACUGAACUUGAAGCGUCAGAGGCGUUUUUUUAACGCGCGUAACACGUUUAGUGCAAACGCACUAUUAGGGAGUUAAACGGUUCUCCAAGCAGGUGACCCGUCAGGUCUGCAGUUCGCCAAACCACAAAAAAAAAAAAAAAAAGAAAGAAAGAAAGAAAGAAAAGCUCAUACACCGGUGACCUGCCAGAACCGUGUCUGGUAAAAAGCUCAGGAGGGAUCCAAACAACCACUCUUAGAUCUAUGGGAAGGAUCAAACUCUGCUCAGUCAUUUUUAGCUUACAGAAAAAGCGUCAAGCUGCCAAAUAAAGAAAAGUAAAUUGACCGAUAACAUUUAGGCUUAUGCAUGUCCACCCCUACAAACUCACACAGAGGUGCGCUACAAGAUGUUUGACACAAAAGAUCUUUUUUUCUCCUCAAUAUAGUUAAUAGUCCUUGUCAAACGGC